AUGUCGUACACUUCCUACCAAAGACAAUCGGGCUCAGAGUUCAGCACCAUUACCGACCAGAUCGACCCUUAUGCCCGUGAGCGUGGUUGCGAUCGAGAAUGCGGCGGCAGACAUGACUUUGAGGAUGACGACGAGUUACAGGCUAUUGACGUACCAAACCUUCGUCCCAUGGCGGACCUACGAGACUACCCACCCUCUAGGGCGUACGAGGACUACCCAGACAUCUGGCAGAGUCCUCAAGGCUCGUCGUCUCCAAUUCCGAUACCACAUCGUCCAAACCAGGCUGAUCUGAACAACAUAUCCGGCCUCUCGCUGAACUCCUCCCAAGGCUUCAAUGCCUACCCCUGGGUGGAUGAGUCCGACAUGGCUGGGUCAGCUGCCCACAGCAGCGACCACGAUGCUUCUUCACACAUGUGGUCGCCCAGACUGCCAAUGCACGGGUUCCAGGACCUUGAAUCUACAGCUACAAGCGACCACGAUUCCUUCGACAACGACGCGCUCGAUGAGCAGGAACGUAUGAAGAGCCAGGAUCCCAAUAUUGCAGGUGAGGGCAGUGUUGUGGAAGCAGGCGUCCGUAUGGAUUAUAUGGAGCUUGAAGACAUGCUUUCUCACAGUGUACCUGUCGAAUCCACGCUAGGGCAAAAUCAUUAUCACUCAUCCUACACCAUGUCCCCUCAUCAUGAUAAUAACUUCGCUGCCCUUGGAGACCAAUUCGUUGCUAUGUCAAAUACAAGUAUCGGUGCACAGUACGAUACGUCUGCUCCUGCUGUUCCAAGCGGACUUUACGUCCCAACAAUUAGAGCAAAUGGAGGUGCACGAAGAAUCAGCUGGGCGGAGCCUCAUGACAUCGUUGAUCGACGUUCGAGCGAGAAAUGGCAAGGGGAUAUAGCCGGCUCUUUCCCACCUACCAAAGGGCACUUUACCCCUAUGACGAAGCCUCCAACAAGCCCUAAGAAGGGCAACGCGUCACAACAAAUCACCAAGGCAAGGCUAAGGGGCUCGAUGUCCCAAUCAAGGGUUUCCGAUGUACCUGUCAAUCGUAAGACUAGCAAAGGGAGAAGACGAAGCUCGGGCUCCGUUUGCAGUGUUCAAGCUCCGAACAGACCGCUUGGAUCCAUACCGGAGGGUAUGGAAAUGGAUACACGUGAAGAAAUUGCCAUCAUUGAUCUGGACGUAGAUCCAGUCCUGCCUGCAUCAUUAGAUGCAAAACCAAACCGGAAAAGGCCAUACACUUCGGAGCAGAAAGAGAAGGUCAAUUGGAACAGAAAGAACGCGCAGAAUUGCAUCAAUUGCGUUAGCAACAAGACGGGCUGCGACCAACGAUCUUAUCCGUGCGGUAGAUGUGAGAAAGCAAGGAAAGGCAUUCCAUGCGUGGUAGCGCGGUGGCUUGAGUAUUUCGACAAAGUCCCCUCCAAUGGCACGUUCCACUUGACCUUGUCGACUGCGACUUCAGGACGCCCUCUUCAAGCAAUCAUCCAAAUUCCUGACACAUUCCCCCUGCCUGCUCUUCUUCAGUUCUUGUGUCCUCUGCGUGGUCGCUACCACAUUCGAGUGGAACAUGUGAAUUCCCAGUCUUACUUAAUAGAUGCAGGUGAAUGCUAUACCCGAUUGUCUCAGAAGAUUGCUCGUAUGAGCAAGCAGAAGCAGGAUCUUGAGCUCGGUGACUUCUUUGAUAGCGACAAGUCGAUGGGAAAAUCGGCUGCAUCUGACUGGUCGCAAGUAGUCAUCCCUCCAAAAGAAAUGACAGACGUGGAGCGGCUCAUCCAUUGGACCCUCAUGCCAAGUCGAGCAACCUAUCGCUUGGUACCAGUAUCUGGUGUCUCGCCACACCAAUAUCUAAAUAUAAAUGAUUCGAGGCAGCUCAAGUAUGCUGCCAUGUUGAAUCGCCUUGUCCUUCGAGCGGUGGAGAAAUUGGGGCACGCUCAGCUGCAGAGUCAAUGUAUGUCUUUGCCUCAGACGACUGGAAAGGUGGAUACCGCGACGCUGAAUAGUCAGAUGCACAGCACAACCUGUGUGUUGCGUCUUCGAUAUUCAUUUUUACUUGCCCAUGAACCUUCUACCUUCGGCCAACCUUUCGAUCAUUCUAAUGCAGUGAGCCAUUUAAGGAAAAUGUUGAGAGUGCUCUAUUACUGGUGUUUCAAGACCGCAGAGGCAGCAGCAAAGCGCGGCAAUUUUUCCGGUAGCGAGUUUGCAGAUGGCCAGAAUUACCUCGUCGUCGACAACAGACGAAUCAUGGAUCCACUACCUGAUAUCGAGAACGACGAUGGUUUCGAUGCUUGGCUGGACCAAGGUCGUCAUGUAUUACAGGGGGCAGGCCUCGGUGCGAAUCACUACAUCAGUGAUAACGCCUUUGGCAGCUCCACUUAUGGACAACAGUAUCCCAGCAGCGACCACCAUCAUUUCCCUCAGAGCUGGAUAGCUCAUAGCAACUUCUUCUGA